GCAAAAAGAAGAGGUCCCCACAAUUUCCAAUUUAAUGAAUUUCGGUGAUACAUAGGUUUUCCCUGCAAUUCCAAAUACCGACGGGUUCAUCCCAAAAAAGAACAAAACCGAUCGGAGGGGAAUGCUUUGAAAAUGAAUUCCGAGUGAAUGAAAAUACGGAUCGCGCAUAACGUUGCCAGUUGGACGAAAACCUCCCGCGAUCCAAGUUAGUGGUUUAAGUGACCAUGGGCAUGAUAACGAGGGUACGUGGCCGGCUGAGGAGUUUGCACACGUUACCUAAAUUAGAUGAGAAAGUGAGAGACGAGAAAAUAGCAGAAACAGUGUGUCUGUUGUCGGUGUUGCUCCUACUUCCCUAUUGCUCAAGAGGACAUGCUCCGCUGCUGCUAAGUUUGGGAGGCUGGUGUCUAACAACAUAUUCAUUUCUGGUACUUCCGCUGUUAAUAUCAGCAAAUUACAAAUAUCCCGUACGUUGGUUGAGAAAUAUAUCAUCAAAAUUGCCGGGAAUUAUGAGAAAAUACUCCAAACCAGCGUGGAAAUUCUGCUGCAAACUUUACAAACCCGUCGACAAGUGUGAGAACUUGUUCACGCGUAUGAAGAAUAUUUGCACUUUGGCGACCCAAUUAGUAUUCUUCAUUAUGUGCGACCGGGUCUUGCUCUGCAGUUUCGGCGGUGGCAAUUGCCCCCAAAAGAAAGUAACCGGCCUUUAUUCCCUGAUGUUCUACAACGUCAUUGCGUACUGUGUAAGUUACAUCAAAGAGCUCGUAGAAAAAGAAGACUGGUCAGUCACCGUCAACAUGACUCAGCACAGCAAUAUCAAACAUGUCGCGAUGUCCGCCACCAAGAUCGUUCUAGAGUGGACCAAAGCGGUCACUUUCAUAAUUACUGUUACCUUUAUGCUUCUGGUAUUUGGCCUGGAGCAAGGCUUGGAGCAUUACCAACCGACCGCUCUAUACACCUUCGUCACGUGGACGUAUUACAUGUGCACUGAGAAGGUAUUUGUGGAUCUAUUCCUUCCAUUCCUGAUGGCCCUCAAAAUCAAGUCCCUUGAAGCGCUGGAACCGUUCUACGCCCCAGUAUUUUUGAGAUGUUACACCAUCACCUUGGCGAUGACAUUGGUUACGUUGCUAAUGUUGUACGGCCAACUGCGAUUCACGAUGAUAUCAUUCUAUCUGACGGUUUAUCUCAGAGCGAAAGAUAUGGUUUUCAACGGGCUGAAGGCUUUACGGAAAGAGCAAGCCAUCUUAGGACAGUUCCGUGAGGCGACGACGGAAGAGAUUGUGUACUGUGAUGAUGUUUGCGCAGUUUGUUUGGGCACGAUGGAGAGGGCAAGAGUCACUCCGUGUCAACACAUGUUUCACGCCUCAUGCCUCAGGCAGUGCCUGAACAAUUCUAACAAUUGUCCCAUAUGCAAACGAGAAUACGUUUUCGUGCACUAACGCAGAUAAAUUGCCGCCACAACAUUUGUUUUUACAUAGCGGAUGAGGGACUUUUUUUAAGCGCCUCCGUGUAUAGUUUGUAGUAGAUCUUGUUCAGCGUUGACCAUCAUAUUUAGAACAUUGUUUACUUGCUCUUGGCUGAUAUUGCGUUAGUUUCGGUUAGUUGUGUAGAUAUUUGAAAUCUUGAGGUAAAUGCCCGUAACCAUUGCUGUUGUAUGUGAUCUAAAAGAUCCCUUUCGCAUGAUUGAAUACUAAACUUUCAAAAUGUAUGCAAAACGGUGGGUGCAAAGCUUUGCGUGUUGUGGCCUUAUUUAAAAUCCCAUUUUAUACGCUAAUGUUAAGAAAACUUUUUAUAUGCAAAUCAUAUAUGAUACAUAAGUUGGCUGGACGUGUACUUAGUAUAUUUUUUUUAUUUUUGUCAGAACUACAUAUUUAAUAUAUCUACG